CGCUGUUGCGUUGGCCUUGGAUUUGGGGUAAAAAGCCUCGAGAGCGAGCUUCCCUGCACUUUAUUCUCUUCAAAUUCGAUACUUUGCUGUACCAAGAACGAGGUUUUGAGGAGAGAUAGAAGACCUCUCUCUCUCUCUCUCUCUCUCUUUAUGUCUGAUGAUACAUUGUCUUGUUCUACAUUCAGAAUCUCAUCUUCUCACUUCCACGCAUUAGUGUGUUGUCUCUCUCUCUGUUCCCUCAGUUUUGAGUUUGUGAGUUUCUUUUCAUUUCUGUUCUCUGUUUUCUAUAGACAAAACCAGAAGAGGAAGAGAAGUAGAGACCCAUUUCUUUUGGGCAUUUUGAACUGGGUCCUAUCUAUUGUGGAAAACCCAGGAACCCGAACAUUAGGAAGCUGAGAUUCUCUUCCUUGGGUUCUAUUGUUUUUUAGUGAUGAACUGAGAGGGAGCAGUGAGUAGGAGAUUACCCCCAUUCGUUAUUUUCGUCUUUAUUAAGAAAUAAUGACCUUGUCCUCAUCAGUUCGAGAAAACCAGAACCAAGAAAAACAGAGAACUCAAACUUCUUCUCUUUGAUUCUCCUUCACUUUACCCGGUAGUGGGGGAAGAAUCCCUAUUUUGGGGUUCUUUCCGUUAAAUUCUUGAGCUAUCCCUCUAGCUUAAUUUUGUUAUCUUCGUUCUUCAGUCCAUUAUAAGCAAGACCCAUAAACCCGAAGAACAAGAAAACAGAAAUAGAAACCACCAAUUCCUUUGAGCAGGAGAGCUGUACGAAGUGCUUGUGAAACAAUGAGAGAUGGAAACCCGAAGAAAAGCAAGCUCUCAUGGUCGAAGACUCUGGUCAGGAAAUGGUUCAAUAUCAAGGGCAAGGCUGAAGACUUCCACGCAGAUGAUAUCUUUUACGAAGGUGGCGAAGGAGAACCGCGGAACAGUUUCUCAGAGAGGGAGGCAUGCACGAUCAAGAAAAGCAAAACAGAGAGAUUGAACAAGAGGAGUUCUGAUCGGGCCCGGCGAGGGAAGGUUGAUCCUGAUGGCGCUCAAGUUACAGAUGUCCAAAACUAUAGGAUUUUUGUAGCGACAUGGAAUGUUGGUGGAAAAUCUCCUCCAAGUUGCUUAAAUCUGGAAGAUUGGCUCCAUACAUCACCUCCUGCAGAUAUUUAUGUCCUUGGAUUUCAAGAAAUUGUUCCUCUGAAUGCUGGAAAUGUUUUGGGAGCAGAGGACAAUGGCCCUGCAAGGAAAUGGCUGGCUCUCAUUCGAAAGACUUUGAACAACCUUCCUGGCACCAGUGGAAGUGGUGGUUACCACACACCUUCCCCAAUUCCUGAUCCGAUUGUGGAAUUGGAUGCAGAUUUUGAGGGAUCAACAAGGCAGAAAACCUCAUCUUUCUUUCAUCGCCGGUCAUUUCAGUCUCUAAGUCGUAGCAUGAGAAUGGAUAAUGACAUGUCAAUCUCACAACCCCGACUUGAUCGAAGAUUCAGUGUCUGUGAUCGGGUUAUUUUUGGUCACAGGCCAAGUGAUUUUGAUCCCAAUUUCAGAUGGGGUUCCUCUGAUGAUGAGAACGGGCCUGGGGAUUCACCAAGUACCAUGUUCUUCUCACCAAUGUCCUAUGGAGGGUCCACAUCCAUGGAGGACAGAGAAAGAUCAUCAGGGCACUCAAGGUACUGCUUAGUUGCAAGUAAACAAAUGGUUGGGAUAUUUCUCACGGUGUGGGUGAGGAGUGAUAUCAGAGAUGAUGUUCGCAACAUGAAAGUUUCCUGUGUUGGCAGAGGAUUGAUGGGUUAUCUCGGAAAUAAGGGCUCAAUCUCAAUUAGCAUGUCUUUGCAUCAAACAAGCUUUUGCUUCAUCUGUAGUCAUUUAACAUCUGGGCAGAAAGAGGGAGAUGAACUAAGAAGGAACUCAGAUGUUAUGGAGAUCCUGAGAAAGACCAAAUUUCCACGGGUUCAUGGGGUAGGGGAUGAGAAGUCCCCUGAAACAAUCCUUGAGCAUGAUCGAAUCAUAUGGCUUGGGGAUUUGAAUUACCGGAUUGCUCUAUCUUAUCGCUCUGCAAAGGCACUUGUUGAGAUGCACAACUGGAGGGCAUUGUUAGAGAAUGAUCAGCUUCGCUUGGAGCAGAGACGGGGUCGUGUCUUUGAAGGAUGGAAUGAAGGAAGGAUAUAUUUCCCACCUACAUACAAAUAUUCAAACAACUCAGACAGAUAUGCUGGGGAUGAUCUGCACCCUAAGGAGAAGAGACGGACCCCUGCUUGGUGUGACCGUAUCUUGUGGUAUGGAAGGGGCCUCCAUCAAUUGUCUUAUGUUCGUGGCGAGUCUAGGUUCUCGGAUCAUAGACCUGUCUAUAGCAUUUUUUUGGCAGAGGUUGAGUCGAUUAGCCGUAAUCGAAUUAAGAAAAACAUGAGUUGCUCUAGUGCCAGGAUUGAGGUAGAAGAGUUGUUGCCACACUCACAUGGAUACACUGAACUGAAUUUCUUUUAGAGGACGUAUUGAAACCAAGUUCACAUUCAAGGAGGCAUGAAGUUGUCUGCAGAAAAGAAUGGACAUUUUGACUCCAGGAGCGCACUAAAGCGGUUCCAGAAAAUCAAAGCUUCAAUCAUCUUUACCCCCAAGGUUUUCAUGUAAAUGAAUCCCACCAAAGGGUUUUAUAACAAAGAUGGAUUCUCUCCAAGGCCCAGACUGACAGUGAAGAAAUUCUCUGCCUCAAAGGGGGGUGAUUGUGACAUUUCCCCCCUCCUCAGAAACCAAAAAAGACCAGUUUGUAAUUUUGUCUAUAAGGAGCCCCCACAUAUUCGAGUUUCACAAUUUUUUUCUCCAUCUCCAAGUCCUGGCCAGCAUCUAAUUCCCGCCCCAGCCCGAGCAAUUCCACGUUUUUUCUCGGAUAAUCCAUGUCCGAGUUCUGAGACUGCAACUGGGUUCUUCUUCCUACAUUAUGUUCAAUGGCGAAUGAAGAUAUUCGGGCACCAUGAGAGCACCUUGUGGACUUUGGUGGAUUGUUUCAUGUACAUAUAUAGAAUAUUCACCUCUUUUUUUUGGUGGUUUGAUUACUUGAUAUUAUUCUUUCUCUAACAAUUUGUCUUCUUGGUCUCAGACUGAAAGAUGAUCGAAAUAAUCAUUCGGGGUUAGUUUC